CCCUGUGACCCUCUGGUGGAGGAUAAAGCGGUAGAUGAUGGAUUAUGAUACUAUUAUUACGUAUAUUUUACAUAGCAUAUCGUAUAUAGAUCACGUAUUGUGCCUUACAUAAAAGACAUAAAGACAUAAAAGCACCAGACCAGAACUUAUCAAUCAAAAGAAGCAAAAACCAAAAUUCAAAAUUACAGUUACAUAAAUAUACUUAACACUGGUGUUGAUGAGUUUUAUUGCAAAAUACAAAACAAAAAACAACUUUAUUGCCAUGAGAAGAAGACAUUCCUCAUGUUUUAUAACUAGACAAAGCUCCGCCUCGAGGUCACCUGAGGCAAACCAGGUGACCUGUUGUUCCUCCACCAGGAAGUGACAGAGAGAGCGACAAAGAGAGAGAGACAGACAGACAGAGAGAGACAGAGAGAGACAGAGAGAUUUACAUCAGGAACUUCAGCGACUACAGGAACCAGUUUAACCUGAGGACAAACACCCACUCGUACUGUGAGUGUGGCUGUGAUUGUAAACUGGAGCGGAGUGGGACUUCCUAUUUGUGUUUUCUCCCUCACUCACUCACUCACUCACUCGGGACAGAGGACAUGUCUUUCUGCAGUGACGAGGACCUUACCUGUCCCGUGUGUCAGGACAUUUUCAAAGACCCUGUGGUUCUCUCGUGCAGCCACAGCUUCUGCAGAAACUGUCUGCACUCGUGGUGGAGAGAGAAACCCGCACAGGCGUGUCCCGUGUGUAAGAGGAGAUCAUCGAGGAGCGAGCCGCCCUCUAACCUGGCUUUGAAGAACCUGUGCUUGACGUUUGUGCUGCAGCGGCGACAGAGAGCGUCAGCAGAGACCGAGUCCGUGUGCAGUCUUCACGGUGAGAAGCUCAAACUCUUCUGUCUGGACCAUCAGCAGCCGGCGUGUCUCAUCUGCAGAGACUCAAACAUGCACAGCAACCACCGCUUCAGGCCCAUCCAUGAAUUAGCUCAGGACCUCAGAGAAGAGCUGCAGAACCUCCUGGAGCCUCUGCAGCAGAGGCUGAAGCUCUACCAUCGAGUCAGAGACAUCUGCGACCAAACUGCAGAACACAUUCAGGUCCAGGCCCGGCACACUGAGAGGCAGAUCAGGGAGCAGUUUGAGAAGCUUCACCGGUUCCUGCAGGAGGAAGAGGAGGCCAGGAUCAGCAUUCUGAGGGAGGAGGAGGAGCAGAAGAGCCAGAGGAUGAAGGAGGAGAGCGAGUCUCUGAGCAGGGACACAGCAGCUCUGUCAAACUCCAUCAGAGCCACCGAGGACCAGCUCAGAGCUGAAGACGCCGCUUUCCUGCUCAAUUACAAGGCUGCACUGGAGAGAGUCCAGCAGCGCCCCCUGCUGGACGAGCCACGGCCGCUCUCAGGAGCUCUGAUUGAUGAGGCCAAACAUCUGGGCAACCUGACCUUCAGCAUCUGGAACAGGAUGAGGGACAUGGUCUCCUACACACCGGUGAUUCUGGACCCAAACACGGCUAACGCAGAAUUCAUCCUGUCCGAGGAUCUGACCAGCGUGAGACACGGAGAGAGGCGGAAACUUCCGGAAAACCCAGAGAGGGUCAACUACCACCGCUCCGUGCGCGGCCGGGAGGGCUUCAGCUCGGGGAUUCACUCAUGGGACGUCGACGUGCGGGACAACCCGGCCUGGUUCGUUGGUGCCGUGGCAGAGUUUGACCACGCGGGACAAAUCAAAUCCAGUUUCUGGCAAAUCGAGUUUUACAACCGUCGGUACAGCGCGCGCAUGUUUGGCGACUCCCCCGUGGUUCUGCGGCUGAGGAAGAAACUGCACAGGAUCCGGGUUUAUCUGGACUGGAACAGAGGGAAACUGUCUUUCUUUGAUCCCGACAGUAACACACACAUACACACCUUCACACACACCUUCACUGACAGGCUGUUUCCAUGUAUGGGAACUUUGAAUCAUCUCCCACUGAAGAUCGUGUCUGGGAAGAUCAGCGUGAGCAGAGACGACAUCGCCCAAAAACCAACGCGCUAAAACUAGAGGCGCAUUUUCACCGUGUCAAACCGUUUGGAACCGUACGGUACGUGGCUUUUUUGUGUGUUUUUCGUCAGGAAUCGGAACAAAAUACCAAAAUACCUCUGGAAUAAACAAAAAUGAACGAUGAGUGAUCAGAAUACACCAACUGCAAAUAAAAUAUGUAUUUAAUGAUUGGAA